GACGGUGCUCGUCCAAAGACGCGGGAUUAUUUGUAUCUACGGGAGUAGACGUCACGUACUCGGGCGGCGUGUAUCGAUAUCGGAAAUAUAUUACGGAGAAUUACGCGUAUCGCGUGGCGUUAUCAGCGGAAGUUACCGUUCCAGGGUUAUCGGCUUUCCUUUUUCUCGGAACGCGCAGUGCCACUCGAAGGCACGAAAGGCAAAUAGUCCGCGGCGACAUUAGAUUUAUGGGCGCGGACUGAUUUUCGUCUGACCUGCGUGCUCUCGGCCCGAGACGGAUAAGUACUCCGGAGCGAUACUGCAGCUUGAGAACGAAUACACGGUCAAGUGGUCCAUUACGCGCUCCCUUUCCUCCGUUCUUUCUUUCUUUCUCGCAUCACCGGACUUCGCUACUUGCGUGCGUAACAAAGAACUCACCACGGAAACUCGCUGCGCGCGCGGUUAAGGGACGACACGGCGAGGGAGGAGAGAAAAAAGGGAAGGGGAAAGAAAAAAAAAUUACGGAGGGGUAUCCCGUGUGGAUAUACGGUCGAAGAUGUCACAAUAGCGGGUUGCACCGCGUGACAGCCGUGCGCGCCACGCGUCUCUUUCCACCCACCCACACACACGCACACACGCACACGCACACACACACACGCACACACACGCACACACACGAUUCUCUUUUUUCUUUCUCUCCGUCUCGCCGUUCCUCUUUCACGCACGCUCGUUCUCUUACCCGCCUUCGUCGGGCCGGGGCCCCCCUCCGGGGGCACUCGGGGAGUCCGAGCUCUUACUCCUCGUUUCUUCCUCUCACCCACUCACUCAGUAAAAAGCUCAACUCGUGGCGCGUAAGUGCCGCGAAAAGCUCAGUCGCUCGCGAGCUGCGUACGAGUGCACACCUCGGUUCUCCACGUGCGAGUGCCACGCGCGUCUCCUCUCGACAUGUGACUCCUGCGCAUCCGCGUGAGGCUGCCUCCGACAUCUUCUUCACUUUUUCAUCUUCACCCUCCUCUUUCUUUCUCUCCGGAUCUUUUUCUUUCUUUUUUGUUUUUCCUCGGUUAAUGGUGAAAUUCGCUUAGUGAGAUGAGGUGAACGCGUGUGUCGUUAUACAGGGAUUUAAAAGAAGGCGCGCGCGCGCGCGCGGCGCACGCAUCUCGAAGAUGCACCACUUGAUAAUGCUGAUAACAGUGGCCGCGAUGGUCCUCGCACCGGUCGUCGGGAAUCCCUUCCUCAACGCAGCGCAAGAGAUGUCCUGCUGCUCGCAGGCUGCUGGCUCUUGUCGGAGUGUGUGCUCCAAGAUAUCCUUGGUAGUCCUGGGCGCCGAGAUCGAAGCGAGGGAAAAUGCGACUCAACGUCUACUGGAGUUUUGUUCCAUGGAACUGUUGGAUUUUUGGUCCUGUGUGAACUCGACGUUAAAUGAUCUUAAAAGAAAUGAAAAUUGGACGGGUCGAGGAUGCUGCCGGCUCGCUCAGAAUCCAACGUGUCGCACGACAUGCGCUCUGUCCGGUUCCAAAAAUGAUCUAAACGAAUCCUGCCGACCGAGCGACGAACCUGAGUUUUUCUUCUGUCUGGAAAAGCGCGAGGAGGCCGAACGAUGCUGCAGCAAUGUUUCCAAUGAUACGUGCAGGACUAUCUGCAAGGAUAUCUUUUACAAACCUGGAAAACAAUCUAACUUGAAGCUGUAUAGCAGCAAGGGUUGCUUCCAUCAGGUCCCCAAAUGCCUGAAGAGCGUGGCCGAAGUGAAGCAUGCCGAGGAUCCGAAGCAGCAUUUGCACUGCUGCGAGGAAGCCACGACUCCUGUGUGUCUAGAUACGUGUCGCAGAACUCUUCACACCGUGACAACUGAUCAGGAGAUCAUGGACGCUUUGGCGGAGAAGUGCAGCCCUGUGUUACCACAGUCGCCGAUGUGGAGCUGUUUGCUUAAAUCGGGUUCGACGAAGCCGGCGCGAUUACCCUUGGACGCUGGCAAACUGGCGUGUUGCACGAAAGCAACAAGGCCUUCUUGUCAGACUUUGUGCUGGCGGGCUUUCCAGGCAGACUGGGAGACUGCCUUGCCACAACUGGACGCAUUGUGUCUCUCAUCCAGUUUAGAAGGUGAAUUGAGGAGGUGUCUCGAAGACGCUGAUGACUCCUGCGAGAUGGGCUGUUCCGGAUUAUCUUACUGUGCACGGUUUAACGACAGACCUACGAGCUUGUUCAGAACGUGCACGACUGCGGCCGACGACUUGGCCAAGUAUGAAGUUGAUCAGUGGUCCAGAGGAGAUAUUAUUCAAGGAUUAGGUGUGCCUGUACGUGCCGCUCCUUCCUGCCCGGUAGAGACUCUACGUGCAGCGUCUUGUCUUCAGCAACUGCGACCUUGUGAGACUAGAAUCCACGAGACGCGACUCUGUCGCGAAGAUUGUUUAGAGCUGAUGGCAAGCUGCGUGGACUGGAGCGCGCUCACUGGACCUCACACGGCGGUUACUCUGUGCGCCAAGUUGUCGCCGGGCAGACCGGACGCGCCGUGCGUCUCGUUAAGACCGUUCCUGAACGAUCCGCAGGACGAUCAAGCUGUGAUUCAUCCUGAUGAGGACAUCACGACGCCCUGUAAGCAGAAUCCUUGCCCGCAAGGCCAACUCUGCGUGCUCCAACCGAACAGCGCUAAGAUCUAUCGUUGCGUGCCGGCUUGUUCCCUCGGCGAGAUGUCAAAGCAAUUAGUGCCGGUCGGAUCUUGGAUUCAGAUCCCACGAUUUGAUCAGCAGGGUUGCCUGAACAUCUGCCAGUGCACUACACGAGGUCUGGAAAAGUGCCGCACGCUCAAUUGCUUUAAUUUCAAAUCGUGUUGGGUGCACGAUCGGUUCAUUCAACACAAGGCCAGCUUUUAUCUUGAGUGCAAUCCUUGUCAUUGCUUUGAAGGCGAGUUUACGUGCUCCAAAAGAAGCUGCGGCGAACUGCGAGUACCGUCCUUGCCCUGUGACUGUCCGCCUCAUUACGUUCCAGUUUGCAGUAGACUAGGUUUCACUUUCGCAUCUGCAUGCUUGGCAAAGUGUGCUGAGUUAUCAGCUACCGAGGUAAAGUUCGGCAGCUGUUCCAGCAGAGAUCCCUGUAUGUCCAAUCCCUGCGACAGCUCAGAGAAGUGUGUCCGUAGACCCAGGGUUUGUCUGUACCGUUUGAACAAACCGUGUUUGCAAUAUGAGUGCGUGCCGAUAGACUGUAAUCCGCGCGACGAGUCCAGCGGACCGGUCUGCGAUCGGGAGAAUCGCCAAUACUCCUCCGUGUGUGCGAUGAUUCGAGCUGGAGCCACCCUGAGUUACAGGGGACCUUGUCUGAGAGGGUGCAAUCUUCGAGGUCCGGUGUGUGGUAUCAACGGUGAGACUUAUAUUAACGAAUGUGCUGCUUGGGCUGAAAAAAUUGUUGUGGAUUACCAAGGCCCUUGCGUUGCCGUCGGUCUCAUAGGGGAUCAAGCGAAACCUCGUUGCGGCGACACCGUGCAAUGUCCUCCCUUAAAGGACCCGUAUUGCAAAGGAGUCACUCCUCCCGGUGCUUGUUGUCCUGUCUGCGGGGGAGCAGCAAGAUUGUUCUACUCGAAAAAACAGCUGGAUAGGAUCUAUUACAUGAUGGAUGAGGAAGCUGACAAGGAUUCCGUCACCCUAGAGGCUCUUCUGGUUGCUCUAAGUCGCCAAUUACAAGUGGCACAAUGCGCUAUUCGUGGUAUGAUGACGCCUGAUCGGGAUAUCUUCAUCAUCGUACAACCCAUUACCAAAAAGUUAUCGGCGCUGCAAUUGCGAGCUUGCGUGACGGAAACAGAGAAGCUCGUUACCAGGAUUUCGGAAAGGAGUCCUCGAAUCGCGGCUGAAGUUCCUUUGGGUUCGCUGACCAGAGCCGAAGUGGCCCAUGGUUACAUUUCUAGUGCCAUGAAAAUUUGUGCUUGGCUCGCGAUGGUUGUCGUUACCACUUUCUUACUAAACGUUUUAUCCUGAAUUACAAUCACGCCAAAAGGAAAACGAAAUACACUACCUAUUCCGACCAGUUCGAAGCAUUUAAAGAUAUAUUUUUAACUGAUCGCGAAAUAGGUUUAUUAUCAAGGGAUAGUUGUAGCUAUGAGCGAUUAAUUUCGUUUUCUGCCUCGUUCUUGGCACUGAAAGCGUUUUUUUUUUUACCUAAUCGCGAUGCCAUUCGCGGCGACGAAUGUCUACAGCGUGUCUCGUGUCUGUGAUUCUUCUAGUGCCUUCUAAUAGCAUACAGCGGAAUGUAUUUUUAGUUAUCAAUUAAUAUUGCCAAAGAGGAAAGAGUGUAUAAUAAGAGUAGAUGUACAAAAAUAUAGGAUUUCCUGUGCGCGUAAUUCCGUAAUUUCGUUGCGGGUAAUCAAGAACUGCUCAUAUUAUAAAUUACAAAAAGACUCUGUAAACUUUAAGUUAUAUACCAGACGUAUUGAUCGAUAUUAGUACAUCGUGUUUCACAUACGUUAUUUUUAUGCAAAAUCUUAAAGCGCUAUUUAAAGAAAUUAAUCUAAUUCUCUCGAGUUUUAUUAUUUAAAAAUUUCUUUUUUACUGACAAAAAUCAAUCUACGAUUUUAUUAGGAAUGCAACUACUAUGAAUGUAUGAUUUUUUUGACAUAUACACAGCGUAGGUGCAUUUGAAUUUUUAUUAUAUAAUAAAUUAAUAUAUAUAUAUAUAUAUAAAUAAUAGAAUUCUUUAAGGGAACAAUGUGGGUACUUCGCAUUUUAUUUAUAAAUAUGCGAAAAAACUUGGAUUGCCUGCAGUGGUUUGUGCCAAUGAUAUAAAUAAUGCUCUCAUAGUCGUUAAGUAUAUUUUGUUAUUAUACUGUCUGUUAAAAACAGUCGUUUGCAUGUAUAAUAAAUUUCUAAACUUUUA